UUCGACUCUCACUCACUUGAGCUCGUCCCCAGUGCCCACUCUCACUCUCGAAAAGGCCAACAUCUCCCACCGCCCAAGUCACUCACCCCGGAUUUUCGUCCCUUGAUUUCCACUUUACCCUUCCUGUCUUUACUAGUCCUUUGCCUCGGAAAACAAUUCGAAACAUGGUGAUCGGUCUGCUCGCCAUCGCCGCCAUACCCACAGUCAUUGGCACCGGCCAGGCCGUGAGCGCUCAGAAGAAGCAGAAUGCCGCCUCCAAAGAACAGGCCAAGUUCAGCCUCACGGCGACCAUGACCAUUGACGGCAAGAGAGAAGAGUGUCCAUGUAUCGUCGUCGACAACAAGAUAUGGAUAAAUCAUAGUCUGGCACCAGCUCCAGGGCACAAGUUUUCAGGGUAUUACUUCAACUACCCCAGCGAACCGCCAAUGCGUGCCCUGGUAUCAACGAUAGCGGAAGAUCCGCCCAUGUUGAACUGGAUCUAUGUCGACGCUGACAGCAGAGCGCUCCGCCAUGGAGGCCGCAAAGAUACCCUAGGCCAUGUUAUAGGACCUUGGGGCUGGAGUGAAGAUGAAAAGUUCCUCUCACUACGAGGUAGCGGGCUCGGCUUUGUAGCCGUGCUGGAGGAGGACGGCAGGUGGGCUGCAUAUUGGGAUCCGGAUGGGCGGUUGCGGGAGGGCUAUGAUCCCGAGGACUGUAUGGAGAUAGCUCUCAAGCGGCAGAUGGCGCUAGGCAUUGAAAGCGCCUACGUGAAAGGAUAGGCGAGCCAGAUCAUCUCGAAGAAUAAUUUGGGUGUGUCAAAUUUUGGAAUAAUCCGGGGGGAAUUCCAGGAGUCUCGGAGCUUUGGGAGGGACGUGCAAUUAGAACAGGUCCCGAGGCGUUCUGCAG